UUCCAUAACUGAGAGCAUUUACAACAUAUUAUGCCCUACAAAUCUUAAGGGGUGGGGUUCCCUGUAACACACUUGCAUGGUGUUGGUGUCACCAUUGGGGAAAUAGUACUUAAUUAUAUCUAUAACAUCACUGUAACUGUUAUCGUAUUGGAUGUAAUCCAGCUAUGACAUCACCAACUGAUUACAACCUGUAUGUUUAUGUGGGCCUGUACCUUAUAAAGAUCGAGAGAAGAUUCCAUUCUUCAAAUGUACUGUAUGAAGAACACCAAUACGAUCAAGACUGUAAGUUACAAGAAGCAAAAAAAGAAAACAACAAUAAUCAUUUUGAAAGUGGCCAAUACUGAAUGAAAUAUCUGCUGGGAUUCAACGUGCAACUAUGGAGAAUAGAUCAGUGGUGACGUCAUUUAUAUUGACGGCAUACACUGAACUGGAAGACCAUAGAUAUGUAUACUUCACAGGUUUCCUGUUAUUGUUCAUUCUUAUGCUAUUAGUAAAUAUAAUUCUUAUUACAAUAAUUUAUAUUGAAGCCAGUCUCCAUGAACCCAUGUAUUUUUUGUUGUGUAGCUUAGCAGGAAAUGGAAUUUAUUGCACUAUAUCUUUAUUACCAUCAAUACUUGGUCAUUUAAUGUCUCAUACUUAUGAAAUAUCACUGACUGCAUGUCUUUUACAGAUCUUUUGUUUGCACACAUGUGCUUCAGUUGAAUUUAAUACUUUAGCAGUGAUGGGCUAUGACAGAUAUGUUGCCAUUUGUCAUCCAUUACACUAUCACCAGUUAAUGUCUCAUAGAAAAGUGUGCACACUUAUAGCAUUGUGCUGGAUUUACCCUUGCAUUGUGUUUGGGAUGUAUUUCAUAUUAACUGCACAGCUUAUAUAUUGUGACAACAUCAUGGAAAAGGUGUAUUGUGCUAGCUUUGCAUUGGUCAAACUGUCUUGUUUUGACAUUUCUUUGCUCAACAGAGUUGGCCUUGUUGAAUUGUUUUUACUAACCGUUCCACAGCUGCUCAUGAUAUUAUUUUCAUAUGCACAAAUACUCAGAAUCUGCCUGACUGCUUCUAAGGAAUCUCAGGCCAAAGCUAUUCAAACAUGCACCCCACACUUACUGGCUGUGAUUAACUAUACAGUGGGAUGCUUUUUUGAAAUUAUUUCAACUCGUUUCAACAUGAGUCAUGUACCACAUAAAGCUCGUAUAUUCCUGGCCCUAUACUUUCUGAUAUUUCCCCCAGUGCUUAAUUCUGUAAUUUAUGGAAUUAGCAUUCAAGCCAUCAGAGUUCAGGUUUUCAAAUUUUUCAUUACUUGUAAAAAGAAGUUAUUUACACUGUAGGAGACAAGGAGGUAGUCUACUGUUUGUUCAAUGCAUUUACACAUUUUUAAGCCAAUUACCUACAUGACAUGACAUGUAAUACCAUUGGUGAUAGGCUCAAUUAAAGGUCAUGACACUGGUUGCUUUUGCUGCAGGACAGGAAAGCUGUUAUUAUUUCUACCUCUAGAAUUCAAGCCCUUUUCCCAAUUACAUUUUAGUAUUCACGAAAUACACUCAUUCAGAGUGACAUACACCAAUUACAUGAAAAGAGG